AUGUCUAAUGAAAACUAUUUAAAAGAAUCUACAAAGUUAAUAAGAAAGGUAAGAUGUUAUUUAUUAUUUAUAGGGUUGUCCUAGAAGGAAUUUAUAAUUGUUAGAAAAAGUAAAAAAUAACAAUCUUAUUGUGAAUAAAUCAUAAGAAAUGGAAAUUUUGAGAAGAUAAGUUUAUUCUUUAAACCAAAUUUUAGAGAGUUAUCUAAACAGAAAUGUGUCUUUCUAUAAAAAAACUGCUCUUAUUGUUAUUAGUAAAGCAAAGUUAUUCUUGUAAUAAUGGUAUGAGUUGAUAAGAUCACAAUUUAAAUAUAAAAAGCCAAGUAAUUUAUGUAAUUAUUGUAUCCCCAGAUAUUAAAAUGAUACAAUUUUAUUUAUAUGAAUUGCUCAAAUAUACUUAGAAUAUGAGCAUUAAAUUUCAUAGAGAAGAAUCAUAUCAUAUAGCAUAUUAUUAUUGUAAUGCUUCAAAAUAAGUUUUAGAAUAACUUAAUGGAUUUAAGUUUAAAGUAAUAAAUUAUUUCAUUUUUUAUUUUAUUAGAUUUGGUAACAUUCAACUAGAGAUGUUUGGACUGAUUUAAUUGUUGGGAAUAUGUUAUUAUAGAAUUAGAAGUACUAUUAUAAAUUUAAAUAUAAAGUUAUGAAUUAGCAAGCAUUGAAUUUGAAGAUAGUUUAGUUAGAAUUUAAAAAAACAUAAGUUCAAUAAUAAGUUAUAAGAUUGAAAAAAGUUUACCAAAAGAAGAAGUCAAAAAGUAUGCUAUAAUAUAAGUAAUAAAGUUAAAAAUGAAUUUAGAUGAUUAUGCUAUUUCAUAUAUUUUUUUUACUUUGCAUAUCUUAUCUAUAUUCUGAUAAUUUAUCAAAGUAUUAAGAACUAUUAAAAUUACUGUAUUACUUAAACAAACAUAAUUAAUUUAAUGGAGAAUAAUCUAAAUUAUUAAAAGACUUAAUCAAGUAACAUAACCUUAAAUUAUAAAUAUAUUUGUAAGAACAAGGAGAGAUAUAAAAAAUUAUGUCACUUAUGUAUGAUGUUCCAGAAACAAAAGCAGAAGAAAAACCUAAUUAUAUAGAUGAGCAUUUCUAUAAAAAAUAUCAAAUUAAAGAAUUGAAUGAUCAAGCAUUUUUUAGAACUAAAUAUUAAUUUACUUAUACUAAUAAAAGAUGUUCUAUUAUUUUAAAAGGAAAAGAUAAAAGAUAAAAUAGUCCAACUAUGUAAUAAACUUAACCAAUAUCAUAAUAUUAUGAUACAACAAUUCAUCCUAAUUUAAAAUAAUCUUAAAAUUAAUCUUUAUCUCCUAAAUCUAAUUUUAAAUAAUAAUCAUUUUAAAAAAAGAACAUUAAAAAAGAAAGCUUUUCUUAUAUCAAAUCAGAUAGAGAAUCAAUGAAGUAUUUGGAUACACAAAUAUUAGGUUCUUUAAGGAAAGAGUCUUUUUAUUCAUAUAAUGAACUUAGCAAAGAUAUGGAAACAAAUAUUUCAAUCAAUAGUGAUGAGUAGAAGUAAUUAAAAACUGAAAGAUCUAUAUUAAGAUCUAAAAGUUCUAGAGAACAUAAACAAGAAAUAAAUUAAUAAACAAAGAUGGCAAUAUUUAAUCUAAUAGAAGCAAAAUCCUUAUAUUAUAUGGAAGUUUAAAAAGCUAAUUCAAAAUUAAAGAAUAUAAAAUCAUUAAAAGAUCAAUAAUAAAAAAAGAUGAUAUCAGAUAAAUUAAUAUCAGAUAUGAAAUAUAUCUAAAAGUAACCAUCCAUGUUAAUGAGUACAGAUUAAUUAGAUGAAAAAGACAGCAAAUAGAUCUAUAAUGAUGUAUUUAAUGUAAUUAAAUAUCUUAUUUAAAUAGGAUCUGAAAAAAUUAGCAGAUAAUUACGUUAGUAAAUUAUCAAUGUAUGAAAAAUCAUAAACACGCUUAAGAAUAUAUACUUAAUAACAAUAAGGAAUGAAUUAAUAAUCAAAUGGAAACACUGCUAUCUCAAAAUGUAAGGAACUAUCUAAAUCAAUAUAAUAAUAAAAAGAAUUCUUUUGA